GCACAUCUGUAGAAAGACGGGCUUGUCAUCAAACAUCCCAUCGCUGACACAUCGGGCGAAUUGAACCAGAAAGUCAUCACCUUAGGCAGGAGUUUGACAGGUGCCGUAAACACCUCUUAGGCCCCGUUUUAGUCGUGUGGGAAAUGGACCUAAGAGGCCCCGCUUCUGAAGUGCACUAACGUCUUCUUUCACUUCGUCCACGGCUCCCUCCUCGCUCCCUCCUUGCUCCGCCAAUCCUCCUUCAUUGUAGCGUCCACCGUAGCGCUCUCCGUGGUUUAAACAGCAUGCACGACACUCAGAGCCCAAUACGACUCCGCGCUACUACCGCAAUCUCUGUUCUUCACCAUUCCUCCCACAUAUUCUCGUUCCGCUUUGCUCCUCAAAAUAAUCCAAUGAAUGCUAUCAGCCGGCAAAUACUAAAAAUCAAAACGCGAGGUCUAGGAUCUGAUACUAUUCAGGUUACGAGGUACUAUGGUAUGCUCAUACAAUGUGACGGGUUAGUACAGGUCCCGUUGGAUAUUGCGGUACGCCGUGUAUUUUUAUGCCUUUCCCGCGAUUGUUAUGGCUCACCUCAUUAACAAUUUCUGUCCGUCAUUGACAGUCACCUGAUACAUGGCACUCAACACACGGCACAACAUUCCAAAUCCCAAAUGUGGCACGCAAGGGAUGGGUUAUUGGCGCCGGCGCAAAGUUCCAAUGGAGAAGGGUCGACUACGAAUUCAACGCAUGGAAAUGAGGCCAUCCGAUUGCCCAGGAAAGAAAACGCACCUGGUCAGUAUGAGUGCAGAUGGUCGCCUGUGGUCGGCGAAGGAUGAGUGCAAGAUAUGUACAUCUUGGUCGUGUUUGUCCUUGUUCAGGCAAAACAGAAUUACUUGAAGAAGUAGUCAACAUACGGAAAUGCUUGUAUCAAUAGAAUAGUGAAACUAAUCAAGCUAUCCAAACUCUCUCAUUUUUUAACAA